UUAAACUUGUAAGACGCCCCGGUUGUGUUGCACAGGGGGACAAUCAUCAUAAUCAUAAUCAUAAUCAUAAUGAAUGUGGCUGUCCCUCCUGCUCACCACCAAGCAGGGUCUCCAGGAUGCUCUCCCUCUCCCUGCGGCGGUUCCAAGGCAAGGCGCUGGGUCCAAAGAGAUGCUCUUGCCCGGCCUCCUCGCUCCCCGUCUUUCUCCCCGUCGGUCGGGGGUCCGAAGGAGGGUCCCGGGGCUCGCGUGGCUCGGCGAUUGGGCCUGGGCUGGGGCUGGGCCAGCCCUCCAUUCAAGGAGAAAUUAGCGGCACGCUCCAGCCGAGCGCAAGGAAGGAAGGCACCGAUCUGCCCCCCGCCCAGCGCCGUCGGGGAUGCGCCGCCCGCCACACACUUCUGGCCGGAUCAAAGAGGGCUCUUGGGAGGGGAGAGGUAGCCCCCUCCCUCCUUCCCCUCCCCAUGAGGAUAAUGCAAUGAAAAGAAAGCCUCAGCCUGGACGGGGGGGGGACACAGAUCCGAGGAGGAGGGGGUCGCUUUGAUUGUGUCCCCGGGGCUCUAUAUAAGGGGCUUUGAGGCCAGUCGUGUGCCAGACGCACAGCCCAGGGAAGAGGGACGCGUGCCAGCCGUCCGCCCCGUCGAGCAGCCUUUUGGCUCUGGCUCUCUCUCUUUUCCGCACGCUUUUCUCUCUCGGCCUUCCCAAUCUCUCCCCAUCCAGACCCCCAACUUGACCCUCGACGGAGCGGGCGAUCCAUCCACACACACACACCGGAUUGUGGAAGGAAAAGGUGGAAGUUGCCCCCGAGGAGGAAGAGGAAAAGGAGGAGAGCCAGACAAGUGGCCAGGUCUUUCUCCCUCGCCGUCCAACAUUUAAGGAAAAGGGGAGAAAGGGCCGAAGCACAGCCCUCCGCCUCGGAAGGAGAGCCAAGAUGCUGGUGAAGCCGGAGAGCCUCGACUUGGAGGAAGAGGAGGCCGAGCAUCUCCUGGGGGCCCGAUCUUCCUCUUCUUCUUCUUCUUCCUCCUCCUCCUCCUCUUCCUCCUCCUUGGCUCCUUUCUCUUCUGGCUCCGAAGGGGAGGACGAGGAGGAAGAGGAGGAGGAGGACCCUUCUCAGCCCCUCUCCCCUCCGGAGGCGCCGCCUGCCCUCUACCGCGAAGCCCGGCCUCUGGACCUCCGGCGGCCUCCGGAUCGCAAGCGGGGCCCCCUCCGGGCUCGACUCGGGGCCUCGAAGACGGCGGAGACGGUGCAGCGGAUCAAGAAGAGCCGCCGGCUGAAGGCCAACAACCGGGAGCGGCAUCGGAUGCACAACCUGAACGCGGCGCUGGACGCCCUCCGCGAAGUGCUGCCCACGUUCCCCGACGACGCCAAGCUCACCAAGAUCGAGACCCUCCGCUUCGCCCACAACUACAUCUGGGCCCUCAGCGAAACCCUCCGCCUGGCAGAGCCCUGCGGGGCCCCGGCCGCCUCCCCGGGCUCCAGCCCCUCGCCUCCGCCCACCACGGCCUCCUGGGGCAGCAGCCCCACCGCCAGCCCCGACUCCUCCGCCUCCUCCUCCUCCUCCGCGGCCUAUGGCUGCUGCGCCUGGUCGCCUUCCAGCCCCGACGGCUCCGAGCCCGACUUCUGGCCCAGGGCCCCCCGGGAGCCCCGCUACGCAGCGCCCGCCCUCGGACAGAGGGGCCUCCGCUGAAGAAGAAGGAGAAGAAGAAGAAGGGCCCUCCUCGCCCCCAGACAGCAGGGCCCCGACCUCUUCACCCCAAGGGCACCCAGAGAGAAGCUCCUCAGAGACAGGAUGGGAGCCUAGACUGGCAGGAAGAGGGAUAGAUAGACAUACCUACCUACAUAUAUAUAUUGAACCUCUUCAGAGAAAUGGGAGGCUAGACUUGGAGGAAGAUAUCCCUCAAGGCAGAAAUGUAGGACAUGUCUUGGAAAAAGAGGAGGUCU